UUUUUGUUGUUCCUUUCAGCUCUAUUGCAACAUACACUGCUCUUCAUUCCAGAUCAUGGCAGCGUUGAUGGAUUUGUUGAUUGAACAUUCGGAAGAUGAGGCAGCUCCGCCUGUUUGGCCAAAGGCGCCAAGCAUGCAGGAAUGGUCAAACCUGCUCUUAGCAAAGGAGACCCCAGCAUCACCACGGCUCGCCCCUCGUGGUCAGGUUCGACAGAUCACCUGUGAAGUUCAGCAGGACUUAUCGGAUGACCACCGUUUCUCCGUGGAGGGCAAAGACAAAAGUUGGUUUCUCCAAAAAAGGCGGUAUCAGCUUUCACCGACCCAGUGCAGAGAGGUUUCGUUUGGACAUCACCUUUCAUGGCAGCCUCUUUGGCGACGACUAUGCAGAGUUAAGCAGAGUUGAACAAGUUCAGAGCAUCAACUGGCUCAUUGCAAUUGGUGUCGUGCGCGGGGAUGAAGAGCUCACAGGCUACAAGGACUGCAAGACAAGCGGGUACUACUUCAUUUUCCAUGUGAACUAUCGGCGUACCCGGUGGCGAAUCAUUGCUUGCCCUCACGAUGCAGUGGUCCAGGACAUCGGUGGAGAGCACUAUUGUUGCGACCCACAGGCAGACGGUCACUUUGAGAUUGACGCCUUCGAGGGGCAGACACUGUCUGUUGAGCUUGUGGAAAACGAGCUGUGGAUCGCAGAGGGUGGUGAGCGAAAAGCCCAAGGCGUUUGGGCCAAGAAUACAAAACUGCCACAAGGGGACUACUUCCCAGCAGUGCUUACUUCCAACUGUCCAACAAUUUUCUCAGCCAAAGUGCUGUGAGACUGUCAAGGUUAUGUCCAACUUGUGGUUUGCCAUGGGAGAAAGUCAAGGAGAACUUCCGAUCACGGAGCUACAGGCACAGUGAUCUUGGGUAGCACAGUGCAGUGGAAUCGAGUAUUUGUAGGAGCUGGAAAUUGUCCGCUUUUGCAUGAACACUUGAAGUAUGAACCCUUGAAGGUCUCUUGCCGGGAUAAUUUUGGACUCUCAAUUCAAGUUCGAUUCGUCGGUGCAACAAUUGUUGCCAGGCCAAAGUGCUCAGACCGCGCGACUGCAACAGGCGUUUGAAGGCAAAAUAAUCGCCAAGAGCUGCAGAGGGCGAAUGUGAAUUUGGUUUUUGGAGUUCUACCGUAUCAUAGCAGAUCGGAUUGGUAAUGUGGAUUUUUAUACAUGCAGUGCUCAAACAAAAUCAAUGCAUUGGCAGCCAUGCUUUGACAUGUUGCUGAGACUACUUGCCUUGAAAAUCAUUCCUAGCAACUUCUUAUCUAAGUAUUAACUAUAAGGUUGAAUAGUCUCAUCUAACCAGAUGGAACACUACUCUGACAAACAGCUGUGGACGCAGACCACUUUUUGUCAGUAUCAACAAUGCAUGGAUAUGGAUGCAUGUUCUGUUUUUGGUAUCUCUCAGGUGGGUUUCCAAAGCUCACAGUCGCUGCAGCCUCCGCAGCCUCCUUCAGACCGUGGCCCUCAGAAUUUGCCUCGUCGGCCCUCUCGGUCAAAGCUCAGCGAGGCGGAGCCGCUUACACGCAGGUUUUGACUUGAGGCUGAGAGCAGAAAAUUUGUGUGGAGGUUUGGCCGGUGCACGAUGUGGACUUCAUAGGGCUGCCCAUGGGCUUGUUGGCUGG